AUGUUGUUGGGCAAGUUGUUGGAGCGAGUUAUCGAGGCCCGCAUCGUCCGACAUCUGUUCCGCGGUCAGUAUGGCUUCCGGGAGGGGCGGUCGACGGUAGCCGCCAUUGCGCAGGUUCGCGCCCUCUCGGAGCAGCUGACCGCGGAUAGGGAGGUGGCGUUGGCGGUGUCCGUGUACAUCGCCAACGCCUUUAAUAGCCUGCCGUGGGGCCGGGUGAUGGGGGCGUUGAGGGAGCAUUUUCUCCUGUCCCCCUACCUAGUCUCCAUCGUAGAGGACUAUUUCCGGGAUAGACAGCUGGAGUUCCAUGACAAAAAAGGACUCCAGCAGCGGAAGGACGUGUCGUGUGGCGUGUUGGGCCCCCUGCUGUGGAACGUAGCGUACGACGCUGUGCUCCGCGUGGUUCUGCCCCCUGGCUGA